UCAUAGAUACAAGCGAAGUGUGUAGUAGUGUUUGAUUUUGAAUUAAAUUCCGUAACUUCCGAAAUGAGAUGAGUUCAGUUAAAAGUUAACAAUUAAUGUAUUGUUGCCGUAUUAUGUAAAGAUUAAAUAUAUCUGUGUAACUAGCGACAUAAUUUUCGUGAUAUUUCUGUUAAUUGACUAACCCAUGAUGGAUGGAAACUCAAAAUAUUACGAGGGUUGCGGACAGGAAGGACCGAUCCGUUGUAUAUUUUUAUGUGAAUUUCAUCAUACUGCUGGACCAAGAAUAACUUGCCAAGUGCCGGAAAAUUAUAUAUCAAAAGACAUUUUUGAUACAGUCAGUCAUUAUAUUAUACCAAAAGUGCAAUUACAAAGAUGUACAUUGACCGUGACACUGCUCGGCUCGAAAAUAUUAGGUUUUCCCGUGAGGAUAGAUAACAAAAAGUAUGCUCGAAAUGCAUACUACUUUAACCUAUGUUUUGUGUGUGAUGCUUGGGCUAGGACUGUGCACUUAGAACCAUUAGUGAAAAAACUCACAGAAUAUCUUUUGUCAAUGGAGUUAGAAACGGAGUGGUUAUCGAAACAGUCCAUGACCGGUGACGCGAAGGCACUCAAUGGACUGAUGCAGCAGGUGAUGCAGGACAUCAACAGCAGGAGAAUGUGCACAUUGACAGUGGGUACGACCACAACUCACUUGACGGUAGUGCGGGUGAACAGCGACCCGGCACCCGUGAAAGAUCACCAAGUGCCCGUGUUCCUGUACAGCCGGCAGUCCUUCGUCGCUGAUCAGUGGGAUCUCACCACCAACCAAAUCCUGCCUUAUAUCGAUGGCUUCAACCAUGUGUCGAAGAUCGCUGCACUGACGGAUGUGGAGAUCAGCCUCGUGCGAGCGUGCGUCCAAAACCUGGUCUACUACGGCGUCGUCACUUUAGUGCCUAUAUUUCAAUAUUGUGCAGUAUACAGUGCAACGCCUAAACUCAGACAGCUAACGAGGUGCGCGGGACUGCAACGACAAUGUGUCGAAUUCUGUGCACGAUCACCUCGGCAGCUACCUAAAGUGAGUGAUUUAUUCCGCAUGUACGCGGGCAUGUCUUACGGCAGUACAGUCCGCGACCUGUGCCGACGGAUGCGUCCGCAGGAGCUCGCUAUCAACGAGAGGAAACUUGUGCUCUUCGGUGUACUGGAGGGGCUUAUACGCAGAGUGUAUAAGUUUCCAAUAACGCUCCACAACGAAAACGCGUCUUUACGGAGCGAACACAGCCAAUGCAUCGCACGCACCUACAACGGACUGGUCUGCCUCGACGAACUCUGCUGCCAGGGAGGACUGACGGCGUCACAGCUGGAGGAACAGCUGGAGCGAGAUAGCGACGUUAUCUUCAUCGUCAAGUGACAUCCACCUGAGUCGAGAACCUGCAUCCCAGCUGGUGUGUUCCACCUUUAAUAUUAUAUUACCAUCAUGACUAUAGUCAAUAUAGGAGAUUGUUUCGCUAAUUUUGGACGUUUUCAUGACUUGAUAUUAUUUAUAGUUCGUAAUCAAAGUACUGAAUAAUUAUUAAAUUUUCCCUAAAAUUAUAUAUAUUACAAUAUAAACUGCUUUUGUCUAUCUCUUUUAUCAUAAUAAUUGAGAUUUUAUUAAUAUUAUAAAUUGCAAUAUCGGCUUCAUAAAUACUUUAAUGUAGAAAUAUUAAGUUUUUAUAGAAAUAGAAUUUAGAAUAUUACAGCUUCCAUGUGACGUAGCAAAUAAUUAGUUAGUCAAAAAUUGUGUUCAGCGAAAAAUUAUUAAUUAAGUAAGAAUUUAACUUUUGUCAAGAUGUUAUAGAUAAAUUUUAAAUUAUAGUUUUAUAAACAUUCAUUAGUGAAAAACAUAAUUUGUUGUCAUGUUAAAGUACAAUUAAUGGAAAAUACAUCACUCCAACGAUAGAAAAUGUUGAUUAUAAUUAAACAUUUUCAUUGAUAAUCAUAAUAAUCAGUAAGAUUGGGCAAAAUAUAUAACACCUUUUUCGUAGCUUUAUUAAUUUAUAGCGGCAAAAUAAAAAUAAAAACGAUAUAACUGGUUCGAAAUUUUAUUUAAAAAUAUAUUUUUUUUACACUUACGUAAGCGACCUCUUUUUACAGACCAAUAAAAAACUUAGCCUUAUGUCAUAAUGUUGCAUUACAAAUUAAGAACUGCUCAAUAAUUAUAGUGUAAGAUAUUUUUUUGUACUUGUAUUUACAUUUGUAUAGUUAUUAAUAAAACGGUGCUAUAUUUUAUCCUUGUAAGUGUAUAAGUAAAGUUUACUGAAGGCCUGAUAUCCCACCGAAUUGAUGUUGAAAAAUCAAAUGUUCAAGAUUAUCACAGAUUAUAAAUAAAAAAUGUUAUCAAUAAUUUUAUAUAAAUUAUUGUUCGAAGAACAGCAGCUUUUUGAGUCAUUGAAAUAAGCCUAAUAACAUUCUACAUUUUCCUAGUCGUUUUAUAUAAAAAUUCAUCUUUAAUGACUUGCUAGUCAACUUAUACAGUGCCUUCCUAAAAACGCAUAAAAUAUAUGUAAAUUAGGACAGCUGAAGUUAUAUAAAUAUUGUGUAAUGUAAAUAUUGUAUUGUUUUUGUUUAUAAAUACUGUUUAAGAGAUUAUUUUUAUAUAUUGUUAUAUUUUAUAUAACUACUAAAAACUAUAUGAGUUAUAUGACUUAAUUGUU